AUACGGUCUUUGCCAUGUUUCGACCGUCGUCGCUAAUUAGAUCGCACUCGCUUCUUCCUAUUCCACAUAAAUUAUGGAGAAUCACACGCAUUUCUCGGAAAGCGUGAAACUCCCGACGAAAACCGCUCGCGCGGAUACUGUAUUUUCUGAAAGUAAUGAUGAAUAUGGCAGACGACCUACAUAUGCCAAAAAGCGAAAAGAGAAGAAGGAUGUGGUGUUCUACACAAAUUUCGAAGAGGUUCUGCAGAAGAUCGGCGCGUUCGGACCUUAUCAGAUUUUUUGUUUCAUCGUGAUUUUGUAUGCGUCGAUUGAGUGGGCUGGAAAUUCAACCUUCAUGCACUUGCUCGGAUCCUUCGAGCCUGACUGGAACUGCACACUUGCCAAUAAUCAAACUGUGAUAAUUACUGCCCCAACUCACGACGACACGUGUAAUUUUAUCAAACAAAAUUGCACGAAUUUGGCGCCAGUUAAACAAAAUCUCGAGUUUUUCUCAAUUGUUGGACAAUUUCAAUUGAUUUGUGAUGACAGUGACAAAGUCGAGUAUAUCGAAGUUAUUAUGGCUGGAUCUUCAUUAAUUGGAAGUAUCAUUGGUGGCCAUAUGGGUGACCAUUUUGGACGUCAAACCAUCUUUUUCACCGGCGAACUUCUCAUUAUUAUCACCUCGAUGAUGUGCACCGCCGCACAAUCUUGGAUAGCAUUCUCUGUAAUCCAAGGUGUCAACUGUUUCUUGUACGGUGUCAUUGAAACGACUUCCCUCACAAUGAUGGUCGAAUUCACUUCCAACAAGUUCCGAGUGAUCAUGGUGAAUGCCUUCCAAUGGCCCAUCGCCUACAUGACAAUCGCACUGAUCGCAUGGCUGACACAAGGAUGGCAGGUGUACUUCGUGUUCCUUAACUUGGUCUCAUCGCCAUUGGCUAUUGGUUUUAUGUUGUUCUUGGAAUCGCCGAGAUGGUUGAUCGCAAGAAAUGAUCUCAGCGAAGCAUGUGAGGUUUUGAAUGACAUUGCUCAUCAGAGAUGGAAUAACACGAAGGCUAGAUUUACGACGAAGGAUAUUUCUGCGAUUCAUAAGCAGGAGAAGCAAGGAUUCUAUUGGUUUUAUCACUUGUUCAGCACAAAACGCCUCGCCAAGCAGUCAUGCCUUCAAAUCAUCUCCGUCCUGACCUACGCUAUGGUUUCAAAUACUUAUCUUUUCACGGUUGCCGGGCUUCAUGAUUCUCCGAUUAUCUCUACACUUAUCGAUGGAGUUCUUCGGUUAUUCAUCCCAAUCAUCAUUGUAAUUUUUGACCUGAUGGUUCCAAGUUUCGGAAGAAAAAUUCAAUUCCUCGGAUCUCUGGUUAUUGAGGGAAUCCUCUUCGGAGUAGUAAUUGCGUUGGUGGCCACGGGAACCUGUACCUAUGACUCAAAGGCUGUGAAUAUUCUGGUUAUCGUUACCACUAUGAUCAAUGACUGUAUUUUCUGGAUUAAUAUUGUGCAGAUUACCACUCAAAGAUACCCGACUGUGAUUAGAUGUGUUGCUUUCGGAUUUUUGCACUCAUUCAGGCACAUCGGAGCGAUCAUUGGAUUCCUGAUCCUAAAGCCACUUCUCACUUCCACCUGGCCUGUUGGAGCAUUUGUGAUUCCUGAAGCAAUGAUAGUUCUGACCAUUCUAGUCGGUUUCUUCUUCCAGCCUGAGACCAAAGGAAAGGCGUUGAUGGAUCAAAUGGUGGAGGCUAACUAUGGACGACUGGAAAACGAAUUGCCAAGAGCUUUGAUGAGACUUGCCGCUGGUCACCGUGUAGAUCAAAGUGAGACGCGUCAACAGCACCGAAAAGAUAUGGAAUCCGCCAAAGCUGCAGAGCUCAUGGGAAAGAAGGUGUCGAGUCCGUGGGUUUUCAAGGAAAAGGACAGUGGGCCAAAUGUGAAGGAAGACUGAUUUGAGGACGGAUAGGAAGCAAGUAUUUAUCAAAUUUCUACUUUCUUUUAAUUAUAGUUUCUCUUAUUUUUUGGAAAGUCUAUAUAAAAAUUAUGUAAAUAAUAACUCAUCGAAUUUUUAUGCAAUAUGCACUUCAAUAUACACGUCGUCAAAUAAA